AUGCCACCACUUUCAAAACGCGAAAAACAAAUAAAAAGUUUAGCGAAAGAUAAACGAAAAAAAAAUCAAAACUUUACUGUGCCUUUAGAAAAUUCAGAUAUUUUGGAGUGGGAAAAUGAGAAAGAAGUCAUAUGGGGAGACGAUGAUUUGGAUGAAAAGGCUGAAACUUUUGUUAAAGAAUCAAACCAAUCCGAUAAUCAGGAAUCUGAACAUGAAGAUCAUUGCGAAUAUGGACAAUUAAUUAAAUCCGUUGAAAAGGAAUUAAAGCAAAGCAAUCUUGAUGGUGGUUAUAAGCUAAGAUUAACUGCUUUGUUGCAGUAUCUAAGGCUUGUUAACCAUAAAGAACCAAAAAUUAAAGCAAGCCUCUGUAUUGCACGGCAAUUAAAUAAAGGACCAUAUUUUGCACGUUGUCUUAGAAUAGUAACAUAUUUACGUGAAAACAAAUUUGAAUUUUAUGUAGCUAAUUUCAUUGAUUAUGUAAAGAAUAUUGUUUUUCCGUCACUUGGAAUUGAACAGGAAACAACAAAAAGCACAAAAACUGUAAGAAAAUGGCUUAAGAAAAUGGAGUUUGAGUUUAAACGAUUUACUAAAGGUGUUUAUGUUGAUGGCCAUGAAAGACCCAAUGUAAUUGAAUAUAGUUAUGAAAAAUUAAUGCCGAAAUUUGAUAAUAACGAUUUGGAAAUUCAAAUUAAUCCUGAUUUGCAAGAGAAUGAACAUUUGCAUAUUCUGGUAACUCAUGACGAAACCACUUUUCAUUCUAAUGAUGGAAGGCGAUCUGGAUGA